AUGCGUCUUUACAGCAUUCUCUCCUGCGCCAUUGCACUCGGCGUCGCCGCGGCCAGCUCGCCACCAACUGCUGGCAUCGAGGCUCUUGUCCAACGCCGUCUGCCGCAACAUGCAGGCGCCUUUGAGUUUCGCAUCGUCAACGCGACGGCCAUCGGCGAAAUCGACUCUUACACGGUGUCCACGCCGCGGAAUGGAAAGGUCCAAGUUGAGGGGAACUCGCUGAGCGCGCUCGCUACGGGACUGCACCGCUACCUGGUUGAUGUCGCCCAUGUUGAUAUCUACUGGUAUAUCGGCAAUCGGCUGGAUCUUGUCUCGAAGCUUCCUCAUCUAUCAGCGCCUUUGACGAGUUCUAGUAUCGUGCCUUAUCGGUACCAUUUCAACACAGUCACGACAUCCUACACCAGCGCUUUCUGGACCUGGGAGGAUUGGGAGCUGCAGCUCGACUGGAUGGCCCUGCGCGGGAUUAACCUGCCUCUCGCAUGGAUUGGCGUGGAAAAGAUCUUUACCGAAAUCUUCCAAGAAAUCGGCUUGACCGACAACGAAAUCCUCGACUUUCUGUCCGGCCCGGCGUUUCUGGCAUGGAACCACUUCGGAAAUAUCCAAGGCUCCUGGGGCGGAUCGCUACCCUUCUCCUGGAUUGACAGUCAAUUUGAGCUGCAAAAGAAAAUUGUGCGGCGCAUGGUCGAACUUGGUAUGACGCCUAUUCUGCCUGCAUUUCCAGGUUUCGUCCCUAGGGCUAUCUCGCGUGUGUUUCCGGAUGUGAGCAUAGUGAAUGGCUCUACAUGGGAAGCUUUUCCAACCGCAUAUACCGACGACACAUUCAUGGACCCUCUCGACCCGCGCUUCACCCAGCUGCAGAAGAGUUUCAUUGCCAAACAGACCGCUGCGUACGGUAAUGUCACCAAGUUCUACACCCUCGACCAGUUCAACGAAAACAACCCGUUCUCCGGCGACACAGACUAUCUGCGCAACGUCAGCCGCGGAAAUUGGCAAGCUCUUAAAGCUGCUGAUACAAAUGCUAUAUGGGUUAUGCAGGGCUGGCUAUUUACCAGUAACUCCGCAUUCUGGACCAAUUCCCGCAUCGAAGCUUAUCUCGGCGGCGUGUCUGUUGAUGAGGACAUGCUGAUUCUAGAUCUCGCAUCUGAAUCCCAACCGCAGUGGCAGCGCACAAACUCGUACUAUGGCAAACCGUGGGUUUGGUGCGAGAUACACGGGUAUGGUGGUAACAUGGGACUUUACGGUCAAAUCAUGAAUAUCACCGAGAACCCCAUCGCCGCGCUACACAACUCCACCUCCCUAGUCGGUUUCGGCUUGUCGAUGGAGGGCCAGGAGGGCAAUGAGAUUGUCUACGAUCUUCUCCUUGACCAGGCCUGGACCGAGACACCCAUCGACACCGAGGCCUACUUCCACGACUGGGUCACCGCGCGAUACGCCGGUAGCAACUCGAUCCCCGACGAGAUCUACACGGCAUGGGACACUCUCCGGACCACCGUCUACAAUAACACGAACCUCACCUCCAACGCCGUGCCAAAAUCUAUCCUCGAGCUCAUCCCCAGCACCACCGGCCUGCUCAACCGUACCGGCCACCAUCCAACCACCAUCAACUACAACCCGGACGAUAUGGUGCGCGCCUGGGACCUUUUCUACGCGGCAGGCUUUAGAAACCCGGCUCUCUGGUUCAACCCAGCCUACGACUUUGACCUCGUCGACAUGUCCCGCCAGGUCCUCGCCAACGCUUUCAUACCCAUUUACCAAGACCUGAUCACCGCCUACAACACCUCGUCUUCCGCCCAGCGCGCCUCCUCCGUCCGCACAAUCGGCGCAAAACUCAUCAGCCUACUCUAUUCUCUCGACGCCGUCCUCCAAUCAAACCCGCACUUCCGUCUGUCCACUUGGCUCUCCGCAGCCCGGUCUUCCUCCCCUACCAAAACAGCCCAAGACUUCCUCGAAUAUGAAGCCCGCAACCAAAUCACACUCUGGGGACCAACGGGGCAAAUCAGUGACUACGCAUCGAAAUCAUGGGCCGGCCUGGUAUCAUCAUACUACAUCCCGCGGUGGCAGAAAUUCGUGGAGUAUUUGGCAACCACCGAGCCGGCAGAGUACAACCAACAGACAUUCCAGAAGGGGCUGUUGGAGUGGGAAUUGCAGUGGCAGAAUAAUACAUCGGCUGGUAAGGCUGAUGAAAAGACUGUGACGAGUAUUCAGAAUGUGCUGCCCGGGGUUAUUAAGCAGUGGGAAGAGGUUUUUUCGUUUUGA